AUGCCUCAAGAUGAUCCUCCCGUUUGGAAAGUGGCCAGUGUGGUCUCUUUCUACAUGGCGGUAGCAUUGGUCAUGGUUAUGGUUAACAAAUGGGUUCUAACUAAAACUUCUCUCCCAUUAACAUUCUUAUUCCUUCAAUUAUCAAUAGCAGUCCUCCUCAUCCUCCUUUCUUCAUUAUCUUCCCCAACCCUAUUCCACAUCCCCCGUCUUUGUCGUAAAACCCUACUCGCCCUCGCACCUCUAUGUCUGGUCAACUUGAUCGGAUUAAUAUUCAACAUCUAUUGUCUUCAACUAGUAGACGCUUCAUAUUUCCAAGUGGCAAGAGGAUUAACAUUACCAAUAACCGUCCUUCUUACAUCUUUCACGUCCGGGGAAAAACCAAUGAAUCAAAUAUUGAUAUCAUGUUUUUUCGUGACUUAUGGAUUCACAUAUUCUUUCAUCCCACUUCCAUGGAUAUCGAAUGAUAAAACGGUAGAAGAAACCCCAAUAUUAGGGAUGUUAUUGGGUACGGCAUGCGCUAUGAUGAUUGCCAUUCAUGCAAUUUUAGUUAAAAACGCUUUGAAAGUUGUGGAUGGGAAAAUGUUAGAUUUAGCAUAUUGGCAGAAUCUGUUAAGUGCUGUAGGUUUGAUCCCCUUUAUUCUUUUUAGUGGGGAGAUUGGAGGUGUGGAGAGGUUGAUCAAAGGGGAAGAAGGUGACCUUUGGGCUUUUAUCAUAGGGAGUGGAGUGACAGGAAUCGUCGGUUUCCUCAUUUGUAUCGCAGGUUUACUCAGUAUCAAAGUCACUUCCCCCGUCACUCACAUGUUCUCCGCUGCCGUCAGAUCAGUCUUACAGACCAUCUUAGGGGUUUAUCUCUUUCACGAUGUUCUUAAUACAAACCGCAUCAUGUCUAUCAUCCUCAUCAUCCUCGGCGGACUGCUAUACACUUGGCAUAAAGCUCGAACUCAGGUCAAACCCACACCACCCGAUGUAGCUAAAGAACCUCUCUUAUCUGAUCAAACGAUCGAUUUGGAGAAAGGACUCUCAGAAGAAAGAAGUUGA